AUGCCGUCUUCUGCUUUCGACCUUCCAUUUCAGCAGACACUGGCUCGAGAGAGCUGGUCCCUGUAUGCUGUUGGGGCGCUCUUUGUUGUCGCAAGAACUUAUGCUCGGAUCCAUCGUGUUGGUCUUGGGGGGCUGCAGCCCGAUGACUAUCUCAUGUUGGCAGCUCUCGGGUGGUUUACGACUCUGGUUGUGUGCCUGAACGUGGUAGUCACUGGCGGCGGCUCCAAUCUUUUUCCUCCCGAACAACUUUCCACCUUCUCACCAGAAGAUAUAGAGGAGAGAAUCAAGGGAAGCAAGGUGGUCAUCAUCUCCGAACAGGCCAUGUUGAACACGAUAUACUUCAACAAAGCAUGCAUGUUGAUCAUGUACAGACGCCUGACGAUGGGUCUUCGGCAACAGAGAAUAGUCAAAGCUAUCGCAGCAUAUGUUGCUUUGGGUUGGGUUGGCACCGAGCUCGCAUUCUUCUUCGCCUGCCGUCCUUUCAAGGGCUACUGGGCUGUUCCACCCCCAGAUCCCCAGUGCACAACGCUGCAACACUAUUCCAUCACACAGGCCGUUUUCAACAUCUCUUCCGACCUGAUGAUGCUAGGUGUCAUGCUUCCGCUCCUUGUCCAGGCCAACCUCAAACCCAAACAAAAAGUAGUCCUCGUUGGCAUCUUCAGCAUGGGCUCGUUUGUCAUCGUCGCCGCCAUCUUGACCAAAGUCUUCAAUUUGGCGGAUGUCUACAGCACCGUCUACAUGCUCUGGUACAUCCGUGAAGCCAGUGUGGCAAUAUAUGUCGCGAAUCUACCGCUGAUCUGGCCUCUCCUGAGGGAAUGGUUCCCGCAUCUCCGGGUGUUUACUCCAGGUCAUCGCUCUACCUCCAGCAAUCGCAAGACUGGUAACUCAGGCAGUUCGUUCUGCGGUAUGCGCAGGCCUGGCACGGAUGGAGGUGAUUCGCAUCCCAUGUCACGCAUAUCAAAGAACAAAUGCAGUCAAUAUACCGUGGGCACCGAGACCGAUAUCGAACGAACCGGUUCAGUCGAACGAAUUAACAAACCUCCGUUUGAUGGUCAUGGCAUCCUGGCCGAAACCACCGUCGAUAUUGAAGUUGAUGAAUUCACCUCCUCCGCGGAAGAUCUCGAUUCCGAAAAAAAUGCCCAGAUGCAAUUUGAAGGGCAGAGUCGAGGUCAAUAUGAAUGGGAGAUGACAGAUCCCAGAUCGGCGAGGACGACUACGAAUAUCAGUGCCAAAGAGCUCAUGUAUCCAGAAGAGAAUGAAAGAAGACCCGAGCAGACAGAAAGAGAAAACCGGAGCAGGGGAAGAGGCGAGAGGAGGAAUUCCCUGACAAGGUCAGAGGAUCAGGAUGUGUCAGAGGAAACGAAGGUUGGACAAGCCCUUUGA